AUGGAAUACAAUAGCACUUCUGUGUCUCAAAUUAGCAUCGGUGCUAAAAAUCACAACAGCAACACUAAGGCCAUAAAAUGUCUGCUACUGCAAGCCUGGCGAGAGCGUUGGUCAGAUAUACAGUGGGGCAUCAACCUGAAGAAACAUUUGCCGUUGUCACAUAAUCAUAAUGGAGAUACUUAUAGUUUGUCAGAACUGAUAUUGGAGCAGGCCCUGGUUGGCAUCAGUCCAAACGCACAGGUCCUCAUCUACCUCAAGUACUGUAUCAGUACGCAGGUUGUAUCAUUGACCGCUACGUUGCGUGCCAUAAUGAAGUAUGACGACUUGAACAAGCCUUACUGUAUCAAGAGUCUGAUGGAGUUAACCGAGGGAUUCCUCAGUAGAGCAAGUCACUACGGAGUCACAGAAGAGGCCAUGGCCCUGUCAAAAGUCCUCCUCAACUUUAUCGAGUGGCUGUUGGCCUGUUCUCACAAAGCCCUACAGAAAGUCAACGACAGCAAAGGAGAACCUGAAUUCACCAACAUUCUCGAUAAGGCUUGCGACGUCCUCAGCGUGCUCAUAGAAAAUCGGACGACGAGGGCUAUGCUUCACAUCGCCAUAUUAGACGAAGCAGAAACAUUCCGUCAGAUCGAACAAACCGAGGCGAACGUUCGUGGGACUUUAGGACAGCUUCACUCUGCAACCAUCACGUCGGCGCUCAGAAGUAAAGUAGACUCGAGCCUAAAGCUACUUAACAGAAUCUCCGAGAUGGAUGCAGACGCGCCGGGCGUCCUCAACAUGUCGACAGUCCUUGGCAACCCAACGAUUAGUAUCCUACUGCCACAGGAAGCCAUCUUGAAUCCCACUGGCGAGAUUCAACCGUUCAUUGACCAAUUGAUUUUGGUGGAGAAAUUGCAGGGUUUGAAUCGGCCGUCUGUGUAUUGUGAUGUCAUCAAGGCUUGUUUUUAUGGCUUGAUCGAUGCAGGUGGAAGCCAGGAGGAACUGAAAUGGGUCGCCUUCACAUUCCUUAAGUUACCUCAGAUCCUCCAAAAGAUGGAGCAGAUUCAGCCGUCAUUUCGUGAGAGUGGAACCAGUAUGGAACAAGGAAUCGAACUAUUAUUACGAUUUACACCGCUCUUGGACUUGACGGACACUAGAUGCAACUGCGACUGUCUCCAUUUUCUUCUGCUUGAGUUAUGGAAUAAAUACAACAAUCUGACGGAGCACCAGUGCAGGAAACUGAUGGCAAAAAGGCAAAGUGAGAGUAGAAAGUCAAAGAACCCCGAGCAGAAUACAUCUCAGCCCAGCCCAAGUUUGAUCCUAAGAGCGGAGCCCACUGUCACCAGUAUACUCAAGAAAGUUCAAACUACCGUCACUCCACAAGCUUUAUCUACGAGUAUAAGUAUAUUGAAGACCCUUGAUGCCGAUUACUCGAAGAACCAGGAUGCUCUGCUGGGGGUCCUAUGUCACAUGAUGUCCGGCAAGAGCUUCGAGCUGAUUUUGGCCGCAGCAGCAGCGACUGGAAAACUGCAGAGCUUUGCUGUGAAAUUAAUCAAGUUCAAUGAGUUUGCCAAGAGCACUACCGGGGAGGGAGGAAAGGCCGCACAUAUACGCGCACUUCUCUUUGAUAUAUCAUUCCUCAUGUUGUGCCAUAUCACACAGUUAUAUGGAGUCGAGAUAAUCACUCAGCAAAGAGAAUCUGCAGAAUCCUUCUUCGCUCAGUGGGCCCUUCGAUGUCUGCCCGAAGAUGGAAGGUUCCGAUCACUGGAUGCCUACUUACCGCCCGACCAGGCAAAAGUGGACAGCCUGAUCACACAGUUCAAUGUGGGAGGUGAACUCAAACAGGGCUUGGCAAAGUGGCAUGAAGUUUGCAACAACACACCGGCAGUUAUACAAGAAGUCCUCAUCGCCUUAGAACAUGGAGCGCUAUCGUAUGAUAAUGUCAAGAUCAUUCUGGAUAACAUCCGCAGUAAGAUGUGUUCGCUACCGGUCGUCGUUGGCGCCUGGCUCUGCAGCUACAUUAACAUCAGCUCCGAGGACAUCCGCCAGCAUCCCCUGAACAUGCUACAGCAACUCAAGGCACCGGCACCACCUGACCCAAGCCAGUACUACAACGAACGGCCCAACAUGCAGCAGCUCAAGAGUCCAGCCCCCUCUGGUGAGAACAACCAGUAUUAUCAAGACAGGUCACACCUCAUGAGUAUCGUCCUCAAGCGCAUGACACAGGACCUGGUGCCCGCCCAACCGGGGAAACAGACCGUCGAGUCUCAGCAGUAUCUGAAAAACGACCAACUCGCCUAUGACCUCCUCGUCUCCACGCUGAAGUCAAUUUUUAAGAAAGGAUGCACGGACAUAAAGUCAGUCCACACCAUGGAGCAGCUGUUAAAUGUUGGUGGCGCUGUCUGGUUCUGCGACUGUAUCAUCAAGGAAAUGUUGACCCACAGCCACCCAGAAGAACUCCAACAAGCCGUUUGCAUGGUGUACGGUCUAUUCUACAUGGACAUUGAGCAGCUGACCCUGUGCCUCAUCACUAACACCAUCCCGCGUCUGCUCCAGGGAUCGGAGUACAAGAUGCUCGUGUUGAUCGAUCCACGUGGCAAGGCACUAGCACAGCUUGUCGUCAUGUGUAUCACGGUGUCGCAUCAAAUGAAGCAGUACAGUAAAGAUCUGAGUUCUCUGAGGCGCGCACGAAAGCGUGGUAGGAAAGAAAUCGAGAUGGACGAGGAUACAACAAUUGCUACGCAAUGUAGCAAAAAAUCACGGGAUGCUGAAGAUGACCAAGAUGAAGCUAAACCAAAUAAACAGCGGAAGCUUCUCGAAGAGGAGAUGAUUACGUUGGACUCUGAGGGAUUCAACCUGGACAUGAUCACAGCCAAAGAGGAUGCAGAGAGCAUGCCAACGUACGACACGCGAGACCCUCUCAAUAAAGCCAUGGUGAAACUGUUUGGUCUGUUCUCUAGUAUCGUCGGCGAUAGCCUCGUCAGUCCAAGGACGGGCUUUGUUGUCAGCUUCGUGAAGGAGGCCAUUAAGUGUGGCGGGAAUUAUACGAGAUUCAUUCUCCAGUUUAUGCCGGCUAAUAUGGUUUCUCAAAUGAUGAAGAGCCUCCCUGGUACGUUCACGACAGACCUUCUCCUCUCCGUGUGUGAUCUCACCACCAGCAGAGGGCGUUGUAUUGCAGCAAAAGCUGUAUGUCAGAGUCAUCGCCAGGAGCAGAAAAGUCGGGGCAGCAAUUCACCACCUCCAGUUGCACCCAUUCCGGGAAAGUUCUCUCCCAUCAGAGUGUGAUCGAGAACAAUAUACAAGAAGGGGGAUGGCUUUUUUUGAGAUGCCUGGAUUGACAAAUGUGAUCCGUCACAGCAAAACCAGGCGCAUGUCGCUCUGAGCUUGGCAGGUUGAGACGGACUGUUUGUUCAUUUCUCUAUUGUCUGCCUUUUGUGAAAUAUGAGCACAUCAAUUUCUCCCAUUAUCUUCUGGUGUCAUUUAGGCUCAUCUUCUGUGCGACAUGCACCUGGUUUUGGUGUGACGAGUCACAAAUGAAGAACUGCCAGGAUUUUGGGAUAGACACCCAAUAUUAUACAUUGCGCACAUGUGACGAUCCGUUUGUUCGAUAAUAUAUGAUUAUUUUCAUUCAUAAACAUGCAUCAAAAUGACUUUUGUGUGCAAUUAUUUUAGGAUUUGUUUCAAGUAUCCCUACGCCUGUGCAUCGAGAUGCACUUGUGUACAACAUUGAAAAAUGAGUACUGGAGGUCAGCCUGUUUCGAGUCUGUCCAAAUAUCAGUCACUUGAAGAGUGGACCUGUAGCCUCGAUGGUUUCCCCCUCAAUUGGUACAAGGUCAGGAUGGAUCUGUCCAAGAUGAGUCUCAAGCAAUCCAUUAAAAUGUCAUUGUUCUGUUACUUCAGCUUAAAAUUGAUCCAGCCAUACUUUUAGAAUUUGAUUUGUUCAGACGAUCUGAUGGAUGUGACAAAGCUGGGUUCUAAUACCAGUCUAUUGUGGCUACUGUACCGUACUGUUACGUCCUUAGCUAAGUUGUGUAAAUAAAUCUGGAUAUCAUUGUAUAUCAUGUAUGUCACUGCUCUGCAGUUAGUAUCAUGUGCUAAAUAAAACCAACAGUAUGCAUUUCAA